GAGAGGUGUGUGUUUGCCCCACUCCUCGCAUAAUAAAACAAUCUUCAAACGUUUCACAAUUCACAUCCCUCUUUUCGAAUUUCCGGAUACAUACACACAAACGUUAUGUAACUGCAAAAAUACAUCAAAACGAGAUUCCACUAUUAGCUAUGUACUAGUCAAAGAGCGUCAUGGUGAUGGUGUGACCCCAAAAUGAUGAAAGUGAGGAAAUGGGAGAAGAAGAAUUGAAGAACACAAGAUGUGUCUUCUUCUUCUAAGGCAUUAAGAACAUCAACAAGGAGAGAAACCAUUAUAGAUUUAUAUAUAUAGAGAGAGAGAUAGAGAAGAAAGAGAGUUAUAAAAUUCUUUUUCCUUUUUUUUUUGCAAUAAUCCAUUGAGUGAAUAAUGCCAGUCCCCCUUGCACCAUAUCCAACACCUCCGGCGACGCUACUGGCUCCAGCAUAUACUCCUCCGUCGCCUGCAAAUGGUAGUACAGGUGGACAGAGCCAGUUAGUGUGUUCAGGUUGCAGAAACCUUCUGAUGUAUCCGGUCGGAGCAACCUCUGUCUGUUGUGCCGUCUGUAACGCCGUCACGGCCGUUCCUCCGCCGGGAACGGAGAUGGCUCAGUUAGUGUGUGGAGGAUGCCAUACACUUUUAAUGUACAUUCGUGGAGCUACAAGUGUUCAAUGUUCUUGCUGUCACACCGUUAAUCUUGCCCUGGAAGCGAAUCAGGUAGCGCAUGUGAACUGCGGAAGCUGCAAGAUGCUACUAAUGUAUCAGUAUGGAGCAAGAUCUGUGAAAUGUGCCGUUUGUACCUUUAUCACAUCUGUUGGGGGUUCGACGAGCACGACUGAUCAGAAGCUAAACAAUUAAAAGUUGGUAUGGAUCGUUUAUAUAUUGAAUUGUGAGAAAUAUAGAGGAAGAACCAAAUCCUUUUUCCCCUCCCCGAAGUAACUUGAAAUAUGUAUAAUUCGUCGAAAUUUCUGACUUUUGGUCUCUUAGUCGUUUGUAUAGAGUUGUCUCUCUUCAAUGUUUCUGUUUAAAUUACUGCUUCUUCUUUUGAGAAGAAAUUGAUUCACCAGUUUGUAAAAGCUAAACUUUUAUGGAUGAUAUUUCAAUUAAUGGGUUAAUGCAUUAA